UGGGCGUGGGCGGGGCUUGGCCGAGGAGGGCGUCACUACCAAGACAAAUAUUCGGUUACGGGGCGAUACUUCGGUGCAGACAGCCUUUUUAAAAAUUGUUUAUUUUGUGGUCCCUCUUGGUUUUUUAAAGGACACUGGUUAGUCUUGAUUUGGUAACAUGGCUCGUACGAAGCAGACUGCCCGAAAGUCCACUGGCGGGAAGGCGCCCAGGAAGCAGCUGGCCACCAAGGCGGCGCGGAAGAGCGCGCCCUCUACCGGCGGCGUGAAGAAGCCGCACAGAUACAGGCCAGGCACCGUGGCGCUCAGAGAGAUUCGCCGCUACCAGAAGUCCACAGAGUUGCUGAUCCGAAAACUGCCUUUCCAGCGGCUCGUUAGGGAAAUCGCCCAGGACUUCAAGACUGAUCUCAGAUUCCAGAGUGCGGCCAUCGGUGCUCUGCAGGAAGCCAGUGAGGCGUACCUGGUUGGCUUAUUCGAGGACACUAACUUGUGUGCCAUCCACGCCAAGAGAGUCACCAUCAUGCCCAAGGACAUCCAGCUAGCACGUCGAAUCCGGGGCGAGCGUGCCUAACGCGCCUAAGUCUGGGUGGAGCUUCCACUUUUGUUUUUAUUUUGUAAAAUUUUCCUUCAUUUAUACUCACCCCCGUAUUUAGGUUGUUUUGUAUCAUAUUAGCACUCAAUGGUUUGCAUUUGGGAAUAGUAGCAGGGUUUUUUUAUGUAAAACAUUCCUCCAAUGCCUUCUCAGGUUUUUAAGAUUUAUAUUGUACAUUGUUAUACCUCUGACUCUGUGACAAAUUAAGUAGCUUGUAUGCUUUGGGGAUUAGGCAGCUGAUUAGGAAACGUGUAACAUCUGUCUUUGUAUUGUGAUUAUUGGGUUGUAAAUAAACUUUCUACUACCUCA